CAAAAGUGGUGACUAAAAGCAGAGAAUCCUCUGGCAUGUCCAGUAUUCGGGCUCCUCACUGACACCAACUGCAGGAUGAUGUAACUUCUGAAGAAGGAGGGGUAUGACAAUGAGGAAGGGGCGUGCUCUCUCCAUACAUUUCCAUUCUGUUGAACGCAGGAUUAUCCUAUUUGUUUAAGUAUAAAUAGGAGAGUUGGUAUAGCUGCAAGAUGCCACACACAAAAGGACCAUCUUCUCACCGCCCAGGAUGGCACAGUCACUUAAGCUGGUCAAUAGGACUUCGGUAUUCAGGAACCUCACUGACUUAUGGGCUGAGUUUAUGUUUAAAAAUCCAGAGAAAGUCAUCAAAAGACACAAGUCCAUGGCAGACGUGCCCGGACCGUCUGCUGCCAGCUUCUUAACUGAUAUAUUCUUCAGGAGAGGGCUAUCCCGGCUGCAUGAGCUACAGUUGCAAGGAAAAGCCAAGUAUGGGCCUGUAUGGAAGGCAAGCUUUGGUCCCAUUCUGACUGUGCAUGUAGCUGACCCAUCACUCAUUGAACAAGUCUUACGACAAGAAGGAAAGCAUCCCAUCCGUUCUGAUCUGUCAUCCUGGAAAGACUACAGACAGUACAGGGGUCAUUCCUAUGGACUACUUACAGCUGAGGGGGAGGAAUGGCAGCGGUUUCGCAGUAUUUUGGGGAAACACAUGUUGAAGCCCAAGGAGGUGGAAGCUUACAGUGAUGUUCUCAAUGAUGUGGUUGGGGACUUAAUAAAGAAAAUUCAACACCAGAGAAGUCAAAGUCCACAACACGUUGUCAAGGACAUCUCCAGUGAAUUCUACAGGUUCGGAUUAGAAGGUAUUUCCUCUGUUCUUUUCGAAUCUCGCAUUGGUUGUUUGGAGACCACGGUCCCUAAAGAAACAGAGAAGUUCAUUCAAUCCAUCAACACUAUGUUUGUGAUGACCCUUCUCACCAUGGCCAUGCCCAAAUUUCUGCAUAAAAUUUUCCGAAAACCCUGGCAAAAAUUCUGUGAAUCCUGGGAUUACAUGUUUGCUUUCGCUAAAGGUCAUAUUGACAAAAGAAUGGCAGAUGUAGCUGAGAAACUGUCCAAAGGGGAGAAAGUAGAAGGAAAGUACUUGACCUAUUAUCUGGCUCAGGAAAAAAUCCCUAUGAAAUCUGUGUAUGGCAAUGUGACUGAGCUUCUUCUGGCCGGAGUAGAUACGAUUUCCAGCACUCUUUCCUGGAGCUUAUAUGAAUUAUCGAGACAUCCAAAAGUACAAGCCUCUCUGCACCAAGAGAUCCAGGAGGUUCUUCAAGGUCGGGAAAUCGCAACAGCAGCUGAUGUCACCAAGAUGCCCCUUAUGAAAGCCGUUGUGAAAGAGGUGCUAAGGCUGUAUCCAGUUAUCCCUGGCAAUGCACGUGUUAUAUCGGACCGAGACAUCCAAGUAGGAGAGUACAUCAUACCAAAGAAGACACUCAUUACACUCUGCCACUAUGCCACAUCCAGAGACGAGAAGUACUUCUCAAACCCAAAUGAGUUCCACCCUGAGCGCUGGAUGAAGAAAGAUGAGUCUCAUCACCCCUAUGCCUCUAUUCCAUUUGGUUUUGGCAAAAGAAGCUGCAUUGGAAAACGUAUUGCAGAACUAGAAGUGUACCUCGCACUUUCAAGGAUUCUUACCCACUUUGAAGUAAGACCUGAGAAUCCUGAAUGUGUGGUGAAACCCAUGACCAGAACACUUCUAGUUCCAGAUAAAGAAAUCAAUUUACAAUUCCUGGAGAGAUAAUUUCAUGUUCCCCCCCCCCCCCCCCUUUUUUUUUUUUUGUCUUGAAGAUUUAAGUGGAAUUGGGAUUUCAUAUUUUUUUAUUGACUGGUCCUCAAAAUCUCACAACAAUUCUUGUCAGAAUUCUUUCGUAGCUAGUCAUCAUAGGUCCAAAGAUGAAGAGUUCCAUGUUCCAGUUCCAAGCUACUAAUAAUGAAUAUUUAUUAAUAUAGGAUUAUUAUGGACAGUAAUUUGGAGAAAUACAUAUGACAUUUUUUGUGGUCAUGCUUGAUAAAGCAAUGACCUUAGUGAUGUACAACAUGUUUAAAAUGCAUUGACGCACUCACCACUGGCUGUUAAUAUGAAACUGUCCUUACCUCAUGUACGUCAAUUGUACGUCAAUUGUUGUUAAUGAUAAUUUAUACAAGAUGGUUUGUACAUAUUUAACAUCUAUUUAUUUAUCUGUUCAUACGUGUCUAUGUAAAUAUCAGUAAUAGAUACUGUCAGUGUGUUAAGCUCUGUUCUAUAUGUUUGUAUAUAUU